AAUCACAUCCGGUGUUGUUGGUACAGGCUGUUUUUGGUUCCAAACAACAGGAACACCCGUCUUUACGGGACAUUUAUUUACUAACAUCUGACAUUUGCCUACCAUCCUCAGACUAUAGUAUACUUAGCCAACGUAAGUUAUUGUUAAAACUGAGAUUCCCGUUUCAGCUUCAGUGGAACGUGGAACAUCAGAUUCAGAGACAACUCUGACGGCCGACGGUCUGUGUCUGACUUUGCAUGGUCUGAGAUACUGAGGCUGAGCUGAGUCUGGACUGAAAGCUUUUUUUUAACUGAACGUCAUUUCUCAGGGAGGCCAGUGGCAGUGGAGCCAGAUCAGAUGUGAUAUCAUCGAAAAAUUGGUCAUGCUAUUAAGAUACAGUCUAUGUUGUUUUACUUGCACGCUGUAUUAAUGUAACUUAGCAUUUUUUUAUCGGAUGAUGAUACACUUGCACUCUGCACUUCACCAGCACGACGUACACCAGACAGUGGCUUGCACUUGUCUCCAGAAGAAGACAAGAGAGCAGCUUUCUCUCCGACUCCGUAUUUAUCAUGUUUAUUGACGAACUGAGACUCUAUCUAUCAAAUCAUAGCAUGGAGAUCUAACGUUAGAGCUCUAUUUUGAUAUGUUAGCUGCUAGCAUGAAUUUGAUCAAACAGCCAAACUUUCUUCAAAUUCAUGAAAUUUGUCACAUUCGAGCAAGCAUGCAAUUGGAAAACUGGUACCAUAUGAAACUUCAUCUUCUAGUAUCACUCUGCUUCCUUUCUGUAAACUUCCCAGUGACGAAGGCCUUGCCACUUCAACAUGUACCAUCUCUCUCACAGACUCAUGAUUGGGCCCAAUGUGAGUUUCAGGGAUUUGAAGAUUAUGAAGAGGUUUGCCAUACCGAAACUAUAACCCUGCCCACAUGCAACCCCGGAUAUAGAAGGGCAUGGUCCUGCUUACCAGAUUUCGAUGGACAUCCAGAGGACUUUGACCCAAUUCACGAUGUAUGUGAUCGCUGCCCACCGAAUACAUUCCAAAGUUUUUAUAACAAAUGCCCGGUAUGCCACAACUGCUCUGUGUGUGAUGAGGGAGAAACAGUCCAAACUCAAUGUGAUAUGGAGACUGAUACAGUAUGCUCGCCAUCGGAUUCCAAACAAUCGACGAGUCCCUUGACGUCAUUAGGCCCAACUGUGAAAGAAAUGAUGCCACCUUCAGUGGAUCCAAAUAGCUCUCUUCAACCAUCCAUUACUGAUGGAAUGUCACCAGACGGACAAACCCAGAGAACUCAUGAAACUGAUUUACCAAUUGAGAAAUCACCUGAUCUGCCUAUUUCUGAGCCAAGGUCUACCAAGGAAGGAGUGUAUGUAGCAAUCAUUAUUGUUUUGGCUGUAUUGCUCAUCUUAGCUUUGAUAUGCUUGGGAUGGAGAGAAUGGCAUUUCAGAAAGAAGCUGCAAGAUACUAAUAAUGGUCAACAGAAUAUCCAACUGGAAACAAGGUUGGCUAAUGGCAAAGCACCACAUGGAUCUGAUGACAAGGAUCGUGAAGAAAGAGGUGUCUCGGAGCCCCUGCUUGGAGGGUGCAAAAAUGGAGAAGCCGGGAGAGCCUCGGGUCAUGCAUCUAAUGGCCGCCCUGGUCAUCUUGCUGGAGGCGCUUCUGGAGAUGCCCCUGGUGUUGCUUCUGGUGGUGCUUCUAGAGGUACCUCCAGUACUGCAUCUGGAAGUUUGUCUGGUGCCGCUUUUGGUCUUCCUGCUGAUCUCGACCCACGUUGUCAAUAUGACGGUGUCUAUGGUCAUCCACCUGAUGAUGCCUCUUUUCAUUCAUCUAAUAAUACUUCUGGAGAUGAUGCUCCUGGUCACGCAACUGCUGAUGCUCCUUACUACUCACCUGAAAGAAUCUGUGGUCAACCUAUUGUUAGUGCCUCUGAAGAUUGUCCUGACGGUGCUCUUGGUCAGCCAACUGCCGGUUCUUCUGACAACCCAUCAGAAGGUGUCCUAGGUCACCCUGAUGAUGGUGCUCCUGGUCAUCGAUCUGAUGUUAUCUCUGGUCAACCAUCUUGUGGUACCUUUAGUCAUCCAGAUGAGGGUGCUACCAGUGAUCCAUCAUCUGACCAUGGCUUUGAUGAUCCAUUAAACAGUGCCACUGAUAAUCAAUCAGACAGUACCCUGGAACAUCGGUCCAACGGAGCCUGUGGCAAUCAUUUAGAGAGUACCCUUGGUCAUCAGUACAAUAACACCUCUAGUCAACCAGCUAAAAGUGCCUCUGCCAAUCUUUUAAUCAAUUCAUCUGAUCAUCAAUCGGACAGUGCCUCAGAAUCUAUCACUGCCUCUGUUCAUUCUGCCUGUGGACAUCAAUCUGAAACUGCCUCUGGCAAUGUGUCAGACAAUGCCUCUUCAUUAGACAGUGCCUCUAUCCCUCAUCUAUCUGACAACGACUCUGAUGAUCAACCUGAAGGCAACUGUGGUCAACCUACUGGCGGUGCUACAGGUCAUUCAUUUAACAGUGCAGGUGAUGAUGACAGAGGAAACGACACGAUAUCAGCAAGACCAGGGAUCCCAGCAGAUGAUGUAGUGACUACCAAGUUCCUCCAACAUGUCGUCCAGGAGCUGUCCCACAUCCAAAUCAAGGCGACCUGUCGGUUGUUAGGUCUCCAGGAGAAAGACAUAGACAACAUCGAAGCCCUGUGCCAUAGAGAUGAGCAAGGAUUCGAGUUCCUGAAGAAACUGUUGGGCGUAGUCGGCAAGGACUUGACUUACCGUGCCCUCCUUGAUGCCUUGAAAACAUUAAAGAAUAAACACCAUGCAGAUAAUCUCAUCAGGGAUUUUAAUAUAGUACUAUAACGUUAAUCGUUUGUAUCGGUUGUGUAUUCAUAAUUGGCUGAUAUUCAGUGUUGCCCACUGCCAAAAAGCAGUCCUGUGAAUAUUUGUUUUUAUCUAUUAAUAUACAAAGUAUGAUUAAUCAAUUGAAUGAAUAAUGAAUUAAGUUGUAUGAGAUGAAACCAUUCAAGACUCCUUGAAUUGCCUGACCAUUGAGGAACAAUUUCAACAAGCAUCGCCUUAUUUAUCGCUUUUUUCUUAUACCAAGGAAAAGUUGCUCCUUGAAAAGUAAGAACAAAUUAUGCCUUUAAUAUUUGAUGAAAUAUAUUAAUGUUGAUUGAUGUAAAAACAGUAGCUAUACAUGUACAUGAAGCAAAAGGUAUCAAAGAUAUGGCCCCCGUGAGAUAAAUCUUAUCAAUUGAUCAUGGUGCUGAAUUUUACGAUCGAUCAUACACACUAAUCAAUGCAAUCAAUCAUAGAAAUAAUCCCCAAAGAUCAAUUGCAAGCUUUAUGCUACAGAAGGCUAUUUCACAAAGAUCACACUUAUUUGCUAAAUUUAGGCACGAUUUCACUAAGCCAAUCUUACUCUUCUAAAUCCAUAUUACUUGAUACAUUGAAGGCGGUGAAUAUGCUGAUUUUCUUAUGAACUCCCCUGGUGAUUUUGUACAAUUCUGGAUCUGGAUGGUUGAUGUACAAAUGCCUGGUGUGGCUAUCCCGUACAUUUAUGGCAACAGUGCAUAAAGUCGGAUGUGUACUUACCGGUAAUUUAUUUGGAUUUUUUCAAGAAGUUCUUUGAAUUUGGGGAUUGGUGUAGCCUCCCUUACAGUAUCUAUCAGGGAGUUUAUUCCAAUGGGGGAUAGUUCUUGGGUAUAAGACUGCUGGAAGCAUCUCUUAUUUACCCUUAUGUGGUUGUAAACAAACUUCUUUGAAGAGUGCCUUGUUAUACUCUGAGCCGUGUUGAUUCUCAAGAGAUGUUUGAUGUUACUGAGAAUUAUACCUUGAGUUUCCUUGUAGAUGAUCAAGAGGUGGGCUAGGGAUCUUCUUUCUUCAAGGCUUUCCCAUCCCAGGCGCUUCAUAUCAUGCUUGUGACACUAGCAGUCCUGUUGUACUCAUUGCGUGCGAAGUGUGGUGGGGGCUUGCAUUUUUCAAACCAAGAAUUGAACCGUUGCUCAACAGACAGGGCUAGACAAACCUGUAGAAAGGGAUCUUCAUUUUAUGUAGAAGUCAAGGGGACAUAAAACAUGGGAGUACUCGUAUUGAUGGGCAUCAUCGCAGAGGAUUAUUAUUAUAUAUAUAUUUUUUUUUUUGGGGGGGGGGUUAUGCAAUGAUAGAUGUACCCCCCAAAACAAAAGAAAAUCCUCUCUGCCGACACUCCUGCUCAUAUUAGCGGAAGUUUGAUAUUUGCUUGUUCUAUAUAUAUAUUUGACACUAUUGAGUGACAAAAUCAAGUAUUAUGUCUUACAUGUUUUUUUGAUAAUGCAGGUUUCUCUACCUACCGUAUUAUAUACCGCUGAAAUCUGCUUGACUUGGGAGAUUUUUGACUGAGAAGUUGUUAUUAUAUGUUUUGCAUAUCCUGGGACCUGUACUACAAAGAGCUGUAGUUGAUUCAAUCAACCACAACUAUGGAAAGCCAGCAACGUCAACAUCUAUUAUGCAUGUUUGUUCUAAAUAUUUUCUAACUGUGAUGUAUAUUCAUACAUUCAUUGUUUUCUUGAAAAUUCAGUGUGAUUCUCUUUGUAUGUUAAGGACAUUGUGCAAAUUUCCUGUAGAAAAAAGUAUGACUUUUACAUUUCCAUAGACUGGAUCAGACGUAACUCUUUGUAAGCCUGGACCCAGAUCUGAUAUAAUGUUUUGAGUCAAGAUGGUUAUUUGACCUACAAAAGGUCGACUUAUGCAGAAUGUACUGUAUUCAUACCGUUCUAUGAAAAUAAUGUAUUGGAAAGAAAGAUGAAUGUCUUUCAAAUAUGUGACUGAUACGUUUAUGAUUUACUGCAUUUUACGUAUUCUGAUCUGAAAUAAUGCUUUGAGGCAAGACUUAUGGAAAGUCGAUUUAUGCAGAAUGUAGUGUAUUCAUACAGUUCUAUGAAAAUGUCUUUGAAAGAAAGAUGAAUGUCUUUCAAUUAUAACAAAUAUGAUGUACAUAUAUUUUUUUACUUAUUGUGUUGAUGAACACAUUAAAACCAUGACAAUUUUAUAUCAUGUAUGUUUUUUAUAUUAUACAAUUUUACGAAAAUGUUUAUUAAAUCAGAUGAUACUUGUAAAAAAAAUUAAAUUUUAAAUGAAUAUUCAUGAAAUAUAUCGUCUUUGGUUUGAUCGAUCAUCAUGUGUGCAUUUCAUAAAACGUGUACAAGUUGUGCCCUCAUUGCAGAGCUGCCUACUUCACGCAGUACAGAUUUUCAGUAAUUAUUACUGAAAAACCAGAAGAAUACUGAUGGUUUCAUGCAAAAUACUGAUUUCUAAAGUUUCAGAUUUUUGGGGUUGUCCUACAGUAUUUCUUUGAAUAUAUACUGAUUUCCUAGCCAUGAUAUUGAUUAUCAGCUUUUAAAAUAU